AUGCGCAUUGGGACCGGUCACGCUCGCUUGCUCUCGGCUGCCCCCUCGGCUGGAAGACCGGUGGAGGACCCUCCCACGGCCCACGCCCGGCCCCAGGGACCCUCCCACGGCCCGUGCCCGGCCCCAGGGACCCUCCCAGAGCCCACGCCCGGCCCCAGGGACCCUCCCAGGGCCCACGCCCGGCCCCAGGGACCCUCCCAGGGCCCAUGCCCGGCCCCAGGGACCCUCCCACGGCCCAUGCCCGGCCCCAGGGACCCUCCCACGGCCCAUGCCCGGCCCCAGGGACCCUCCCACGGCCCAUGCCCGGCCCCAGGGACCCUCCCAGCGCCCAUGCCCGGCCCCAGGGACCCUCCCAGAGCCCAUGCCCGGCCCCAGGGACCCUCCCAGAGCCCAUGCCCGGCCCCAGGGACCCUCCCAGAGCCCAUGCCCGGCCCCAGGGACCCUCCCAGGGCCCAUGCCCGGCCCCAGGGACCCUCCCACGGCCCAUGCCCGGCCCCAGGGACCCUCCCACGGCCCAUGCCCGGCCCCAGGGACCCUCCCACCGCCCAUGCCCGGCCCCAGGGACCCUCCCAGAGCCCAUGCCCGGCCCCAGGGACCCUCCCAGAGCCCAUGCCCGGCCCCAGGGACCCUCCCACGGCCCAUGCCCGGCCCCAGGGACCCUCCCACGGCCCAUGCCCGGCCCCAGGGACCCUCCCACGGCCCACGCCCGGCCCCAGGGACCCUCCCACGGCCCACGCCCGGCCCCAGGGACCCUCUCAUGGCCCACGCCCGGCCCCAGGGACCCUCUCAUGGCCCACGCCCGGCCCCAGGGACCCUCUCAUGGCCCAUGCCCGGCCCCAGGGACCCUCUCAUGGCCCAUGCCCGGCCCCAGGGACCCUCUCAUGGCCCAUGCCCAGCCCCAGGGACCCUAUCAUGGCCCAUGCCCAGCCCCAGCGACUCUACCAUAGCCCAUGCCCAGCCCCAGGGACCCUCCCAUAG